UUCAAGAUCGGUAAUUUUGGUCCGGACAAAAUUUUCGGGUCUUCGGUCUGGGCCGAUGCUCACCUCCAAACGCCGCUUUUCCUUUCCUUCUCUUGCGCCGCCGCGUUCUUUCUCUCUCUUCCUUUCCCCCUACGGCAACAAGGCGGUAUCCGCUUUCAAGUUGAGGAAGGGGCUUAUUGCUCCUAACAAGCUUCUCAUUCGUGUUUCAUUCUCAUACUCUACUUAUUUUAGAAACAAGGAUGAGGUCUUUUGCUGAGGAAGCCGAAUGUGUUGCAUUUAUGAACCUCGCUCUAGAACAGGUGAUGGCUGCCCAAAUUCCGAAUUUAAUGUUUGGUUUUGCACUGUCCGGUGACGAUAUUAUCUUCUAUUUUCAGUUAUUUAAGCUUAAUACAUAUGAUGUAAAGAAGACAUUGAAAUUUUUACCGGUUUUCUGCUGCCAGGCAAAGCUAGCAUUGGACAGCCUUGAAGUGCCUGUGGGUUGCGUAAUCGUAGAGGAACAGAAUGUUAUUUCCGUGGGGAGAAAUCGAACAACUGAGACUAGAAAUGCUACUCGUCAUGCUGAGAUGGAAGCAAUUGACAUGCUUCUUGAGAAGUGGAAAAAAAAUGGACUUACAACAGAAGAAAUUGAAUUAAGAUUUUCGAAGUGCACACUCUAUGUGACAUGUGAGCCAUGCAUAAUGUGUGCAGCAGCCUUAUCUAUAAUUGGAGUAGAGGAAGUAUAUUAUGGCUGUGCAAAUGAUAAGUUCGGAGGUUGUGGUUCAAUAUUGUCCUUGCACACAUGUAGUUCUGGGAAGCUUCCUAGUGGUGGAACUUCGAAAAGGAAGGGAUUCAAGUGCACUGGAGGAAUAAUGGCAACAGAAGCCGUCAAUCUUUUAAAAAGCUUCUAUGAGCAAGGAAAUCCAAAUGCACCAAAACCUCACAGAAUAGUGGUACCUCUGGCCUAAUUCUAUUCCUUGUCAAGUUCAGUUCUACUACCAUGUGAAGAGUCUGCUGUGCAGGUUCUAUGGUGGUGAUGGAGCAAAGCUGACUAGAACAUUGAACAAUCUCUAUGCCCGUAUUUAUGAUAGCCAACCAAAUUUAAUUGAUGAUUUUGUAGCAUUCGGAUUUAGGAUUUGAAUGCGAAAGUGAAUUUAUCAGAUUGCAUCAGUGCUGUGCUAGCUCUGACUCAUAACUUUGUCUCAACAUAUUGUAAAGCCUUCUUGCGUGAAUCUUCUACAAACUUCUGCUGCAACGCCUAUAAUCCUUCAAGCUAUUUUGUAAUUUAGUUUACAUGGUCUGUGCCAAUUUAUUUUAUAUUUUGACUGAGAAUGGCAUUCAUUUUUUUUAUUUUUUUUAAAUGUACUUUGUGGUCAGAAUUUUAUAGAUUGUGAAAAAGGCAGAUUACAUUUCA